AUGGGGUACAAAGCUCUGUGCUUAGGACUGUCUUGUAUUCUCUUGGCUUACCAUGUUUAUAGACCUAUACCAGAAGGCAUUGAAGAGCCUUGGAAAGUACAAAUUUUGGAUGCUUCAGUUAAAAUGCUCUCACUACUGGCUUUGUUAGUUGAAAAUGUAGGUAUUAUGAAAUUUGAAGAAUUGUAUGUCACAUUAUCAUCUAUGACCUCUAUAAGACCAAGUUCGGAUGAAAAUACGACAGUGAUUGACACAGACUUGGGUGACAUUCCUGUCCGCUUGUACUUGCCAACAAGGACCUCAGGGGACCGGCGGCCGGCUGUCAUUUAUCUUCACGGCGGUGCCUUUGUCAUGGGAAGCAGCAGGCUGUCGGUCUACGACUUCCUCAACAGGGACACAGCCAGCGUGGUGGGCGCCGUGGUCGUGUCCGUCGACUACCGGCUGGCCCCGCAGCACCAGUUCCCCGUCCCGCUGGAGGAUUGCCUUUCCGCCGUCAAGUUCUUCCUGCAGGACCGGGUCCUCCGCGAGUUCGGCGUGGACCCCGCCCGCGUCUGCGUGGCGGGAGACAGCUCGGGCGGGUUGCUGGCGGCCCAGGUGGUCCAGGCGCUAAAGAGCGAUCCAGAAUUUGCAGAUAAAAUUAAGGCACAAGCUUUGAUUUAUCCGGGAUUACAGCUACUGGAUACCCUCACGCCGUCGUAUGUGGAGUACCAGCAUGGCCCAAUUCUGCCAAGGGAUGUGCUAAUUAAGCUGGUAUGCCUGUACGUCACUAAGGACCAAGCCCUGCCCCGAGCCAUGCUGAAGAACCAGCAUCUGCCUCGAAGCUCCCACCACCUGCUGAAGUUCAUUAACUGGAGUGUCUUCCUUCCCGAGAAGUAUAAAAAGAACCAUGUUUACACGGAGCCAGUCACUGGGAUGUUAAAUGCUUCUUACUUCAGCCUUGUGCUUCCCACGCUGCCUUUGCUGGCCAACGACUCUGUGCUGCAGAGCCUGCCGCUCACUUACGUCCUCACGUGUCAGCACGACCUCUUGAGAGACGACGGGCUCAUCUUCGUCACCCGGCUUCGGAACGCUGGGGCUCGCGUCGCGCACGAACACUUAGAAGACGGGGUCCACGGAGCUCUGGCAUUCACGCUGUUUCCAUUUCGGUUACAGAUAGGCCACAGAAUAAAAGACAAGUAUAUACACUGGCUAAAAGAAAAUCUGUAAACGAGACCUCUGUCUACUUGAUCACGUGCUUAGAAAUGUG